AUGACGCGACGACUGAAAUUCCUCGUCUUGGCUUUGGCUUUGGUUGGCUGCGUGGCCGCCGAUAGUGGCUACAACUACGCUGCACCCGCACCCGCUCCAGAGAGGUCUUAUGUGGCUCCUCAGGUGCAGCAUCAUUUUGCUGCCUCCGCUCCGGCUCCAGUGGCUGCUCCAGCUCCAGCACCCGUGUUCCAGCCAGCUGCCUCUGCACCAGCGCCAGUCCGCAGCUACGUGCCUCCAGCACCAGUGCAGCAGCAGCACCACUUUGCUGCCUCCGCACCCGCACCAGUUGCUGCUCCCGCUCCCGCUCCCGCUCCCGCUCCAGUCUUCCAGCCUGCCGCCUCUGCACCAGCUCCAGUCCGCAGCUAUGUGCCUCCCGCACCAGCAGCACCUGUGCAGCACCACCACCACGCUGCUGCCUCUGCUCCGGUGCAGUCCUUCGCUGCCCCAGCUCCAGCUCCCGUGCAGUCCUUUGCGCCAGCUCCCUCCUUCCAGGCUCCUGAGCCAGCACCAGCCUUCGAGGCCGCCGCCUCUGCUCCAGCGCCAGCUCGUUCCGGCUACGACUACAGCCAGCCCCAGACGCAGUCCAGCCAGGGCUACCGCUACAGGACUGUGCGUCGUCGUGUCCUCAGGCACCGCGCUUAA